UAAGUUGUAUACCUUGUAGAGUGUUAAUGUUACAAGAGUUGAUAUUUGUACUUCAAAUCUGUUUAAUAUUUCAUGUAUUCGAGAUUGUUAGGGGUCGUUGCAUUGACCCAGAACAGUCCACAUGAAGUGCCAACUGACGUGAAAAAACGAGACGUCUGCUCUUCUUUACAAAAUGGCGGUUGGUCAAGUUCGUUGUAACUUGUGACCUAUCACUUGCGGUUUAAUUCAUCACUUCUGGUGUCAGUCUGAGUAAUCGCCUUCACUGACAUCAAGAAGAGAAAACAGGAACAAUCAUGAGCAAGUUUGACUAUAUGUAUCGACGUCUCCUCCUCACCAAGUUCUUCACAAAAGGUUGGGGGAAACCGGAAAAUCUCAAAAGAUUGUUUGAGUUCAGAAAAAUCAUAUCAAAUCGGGAAACAUGCAAGCACCUUGUGCCAAACGACUACCCAGUUCAUAUUACUAAGGACGAGGUGCAGAACGACUGCCGCGUGAUGGAGGGCUACUUCCAGUCUCCCUUCACCAAGUUCCUGCCAGGGAUCAUGCCGGUGGAAUCGGAGAAAGCCAAUUUUCAGAUUAUUUUGCCAAAGAAUUGGAAACAUGGCAAGUUAAAACCUGUCUGUCUUCAUCUGGCUGGCACCGGAGACCAUUUCUUCUGGCGGAGGAGAACCUUGAUGGCGCGGCCGCUCCUGAAGGAAGCCGGCAUCGCAUCCAUACUGCUGGAAAACCCAUACUAUGGGGAGAGGAAACCAAAGUACCAGUUACGAUCGAGCCUCCAUAACGUGAGUGACUUGUUUGUGAUGGGAGCUGCCCUGAUACUGGAGUCCCAGGUGCUCUUGCACUGGUGUGAAAAUCAGGGCUGGGGGCCCCUCGGGAUCACCGGCAUCUCCAUGGGGGGACAUAUGGCCUCCCUGGCAGCCUCCAACUGGUGCAAGCCGCUGACGCUGGUACCAUGCCUUUCCUGGAGUACUGCUUCCGUGGUCUUCACACAGGGCGUCAUGAGCGCAGCUAUUCCCUGGCAGGUGCUGGAGUCUCAGUAUUUCGAGGACCAUGUGUACGAACAGGAGAUCAAGAAGCUGAUCCACUCACCGGAGGAGGCGCUGCGUGGAGCUUAUGGUAUGGGGAAGAAGUUUGUGUCUGCCUUCUCAUCCCGGCACCCUGACCCAGACGUCAACAUGGACAAGAAACCCGGCAACAUACGGUCCCCUAGUCCCGGAACUCCCAGUCCCGGAACUCCCAGUCCCGGAACUCCCAGUCCCGGAACUCCCAGUGUUGACAUUGGAGCAAGGGGCUUUAGCUCAGCGGUCAGUCUACCACCUGACAGCGCCACGGUCAAGACCAAUCAAGCUGCUGGACAGAAAGUUGCUAACUGGAGAACAGAGCCUUUGACAUUACAACAUGCUAGUGCCAAAUCAAAACUAUUUCGUGUGCCUUUUAAUGGCAAGUCGGAGGCGGUUAGCUACCCUAAGACCUUGAAGAAGGAGGCCCUACAGUUUAUGGUAGGAGUGAUGGAUGAGUGCACGCAUCUAGGGAACUUCUCUGUACCCAUUGACCCCGAACUUAUCAUCAUCGUCGCAGCCAUGCAAGAUGCAUAUAUCCCCCGAGACGAUGUUCUGAGACUGGACCAGCUAUGGCCCGGCUCGGAGGUGCGGUAUCUGGACAGAGGUCAUGUCACUGCCUUCCUCCUCAAUCAGUUUGUCUUCAGGAAAGCAAUAAUUGAUGGAUUUAACCGCCAGAUAGCCAAAUACUACAGUUAACGACGUGUGUGUCUAGCUGACAGUCACCGGACACAUGUGUGAGAGUGUAUGUGUGUUGAUUGUCUACCUCGCAGGAUAGUUCCGACAGCUGGGUUUUACUGAACAUUUUAUGACUUUAUUGGUCACAGUCACAUAGUAAUCAGGAAAACAUAUACAUUGUACAUAGAAGCGGGACAUUUCAUGUCCCUGACAUCGUCAGACCUGUGAAUUAGGGGUCAAUCUAAAUAUAAUCAGAUCCCUACUCUGAUAUAGUACCUCUUCCUGCCUAAAGGUUUGACAAACUUUCAUAAGAGUUUGCAUCAAGUGAAAUUUCUCAUCUGCCAAUCAGCAUCCAGAUUGCUAAAUUUUCCAAGUGAGCAAGACAUUUGGUGCAGCAUAUCAUUUUUCUGUAUGUUGUAAAUAAACAUACAAAUAUGAGUUCCAAAUGGAAAGUAAUGAAUGUUUUAGAGGCCGUACAGUACAGUAUGUGUUGUGGGUAUUUUAUACACAUGGUCAAAUCAAGGGAAUUAGACUGUCUCACAGUCUCUGAACCAUAUUAUUUCCCUUCCACGGAGCGGUUUCUGUCGUUCAAAAGUCCUAAAUGAAGCAAGGCUAGAUUUUCCUCAAGUUCUGAAACUUCCAUUUCAUUGGGCUCCUUUUCAAUGUAAAUUGAGUUAUCUGUCCCUUUUAAAGUCCUAUAUUUCCAGAGACGAAGCGGUAGUCUAAGAGGGAAUAUGUGUGUUCUGUAUUGAUUUUCUUUUGAUAGAUCCAAAAAAUGUAUCAAGGUGGUAAGGAAAUUUAGCUGAAUGGUUUUAGAAAGCUGACAUUCAAUUAGCUGAAAAACAACACAUCCUUCAUAUUGACAGGCAGUAUCGGUAGGUUCAUCUGUACAGAAGUAGAAACUAACAUUUUUUGUCCACUUGUUCUUAUAAUAAUAAAAUUAUGGUCCUUAACUAUUGGGCAGUUUGGCAAGGACUACUGGACUAGUGCCAGUUUCUAACACUGACUGCAGUGAGGGUAUGUCAGCUCUGCACACAGAGGUAUCAUAGCAGAGUAGAAGGUCUGAUAGUUUAUGUACCAGUGUAUCAGUGGUCAAAAUGUGUACUAAACUUGUUCUAAAACAUCUUGAAACACAAAAUGGCAGUAUCAAGUAUGUUUUCUGAUAGUCUAGGGCAAGG